CCAAUUUAUAAAACCUUUGUCAAAAUUGUGACAUUGAGGUUCUAGCGACAAUAUGACGAUUUACCAGUGUUUACGGCGUGUUAUUGUAUCUGCAUCUGCAGCUAGACCUGUUAACUAUGUGGGACUCAGAGCUGGACUGAGAACAUCAUGCGUUCAUCACACCAUCAAGGACAAACCUGAGCUAGACUCAGUUGUGACAUAUGAACAACUUAAGGUCAUGCUGACCCGUCACAGUGUCCAGUUAUUUGACGUCCGAAAUCCAGAUGAGUUCAAGGCAGGCCGCAUUCCCGAUUCUGUCAAUGUUCCAUUGGGACAGCUUGAGGAAUCACUGAAGCUUUCUCCAGAGAAAUUUGAAAAGCGUUUCAAGGUCAAGGCACCCAAAAAGGAGGAUGAUGACAUCGUUUUUCACUGCCAAAAAGGCCGAAGAAGUUUAACAGCUCUUGAAACUGCAUGGCGUCUAGGAUUCAGCAGGGCACGUCACUAUGCAGGAGGAUACAGUGAAUGGGCUGAGAAAGAGAAGAAGUAGAUAAUUGCUGUAAAGCACAUUGAGAAGCACAUCAUUCUCACUUUUCCUUUGUGUUUGCAAAAGAUUUUAAGUAAACGCCUACAAUUUGAUCUGCUUUUCUUUGCACCUUUUGCAAAGGCAUUUACCAUUCUGUUCACACCUUGUAGGAUUAAGACUUAAUCUAACCAGAGCUUGGGAUCAAAAGCCUUUUAAUGCAUACUGAAUUCAAAUUUUAAAAACCAAUAUAAGGUUUCAUUUCGGCUUCCACUUCAGAUCACGUGUUGUAAAUAAUACCAAUCAAUAAUUCUUCAAUACUUCAAUUAAUCAAUAUUAUUUGAUUAUUUUCCUCAAAAAUGCCUUGCUUUCAUGAUAUUGUCCAAUCACAGUACUAAUGGCAGAAUCUUUCUUUUUAUGUUUACUGUGUUUGGUAUUCAGCAGAAACAUGGAAUCUGUUUUUAUGUGUGUAAUAUAAAAUAAAAUACAUGAUAAAAAUA